GCUGUACUUUCACAAGUACCAGAAAAUGGGGAUAUGGCAAGGCCAGUUUGUUUUGCAUUGAAGUGGGCUGUAUGUGACAAAUUUAGUCACUGGCUGAGAGGUCGCCCCUUCACAGUAUGGACCGAUAACAACCCCCUGACAUAUAUUUUGACAAAACCAAAACUGGAUGCUUGCGAGCACAGGUGGGUUGCCAAGUUGGCGCCAUUCCAGUUUGAUAUUAAGUACAUACCUGGUUCAAGGAAUAUUGUGGCAGAUGCUCUUAGUAGAGAGCCAUUUGUAAAACAGAGCACUUUGCAUCGCCUUACUAGAGUACCGUACAAUUUGCUGUUGCAAGAUGCGUCAGCAGUCCAAGGGGAACAAGUGCAAGAGGUUUUCAGAUGGUCUGCACACCCUUUUGAGCCGAACACUGAGCCGGGUAUUGAGGCAAAAUGUGACAUGUUGGCAGUGCAUUCCCAAGCACCGGUAAGUAGGCCAUCUGGUUCUUGGUCUGUGAUGGAAGUGUCUGCGGUCAUGGAGGCAAAAAGGUCUAAUUUGGUAACCUCACAUUGUGACCUUUUGUUGCCUCAGUUGAUUCAUCUUGUUUUACCUACUGAUCAACCAAUAUUGAAGGGCCUGUCACGUGAAGAGUUGGCAGAUAGGCAGCGUACCGACAACAUAUUGGCUAGGGUGAUUUGUUAUGUAGAAAGGGGUAAGAAACCAUCUAGUCGUGAGCGUAAACAGGAGCCAGUGGAAGUUGUCAGGCUGCUUAGAUCCUGGAACAAGUUUGAGAUGAGAGCCGGGAUACUUUACAGGGUUUCUCGGGAUGUGGUGUCAAAGAAAAAGUCAUUCCAAUAUGUUGUCCCAAAAUCAUUGGUGGUGACUGUGUUGAAGGGGGUUCAUGAUGACGCUGGCCAUCAGGGCCAACAGAGGACAUUGUAUUUGGUGAGACAACGUUUUUUCUGGCACAAACUUGAAGCGGAUGUGAGAGAUUAUGUCAAAUGCUGCAAGAGGUGUGUUUACGGUAAAUCACCUGAGCCAGAGGCUAGGGCUCCUCUUGAAAACAUUAUGACAUCUGAACCCUUGGAACUUGUGUGUGUCGAUUUUUGGUCAGCUGAGGACAGCAGGAAUAAGUCAGUGGAUGUACUUGUUGUCACUGAUCAUUUUACUAAAAUGGCACAUGCUUUUCAUUGCCCAAACCAGUCAGCCAAAGCUGUAGCUAAGCAAUUAUGGAGCAAUUUUUUUUGUAUAUAUGGCUUUCCCAAACGCAUUCACUCCGAUCAGGGAGCAAAUUUUGAAAGUGCAUUGAUUUCUGAGCUGUUGUCAGUUGCAGGGGUGGAAAAGUCACACACCACUCCAUAUCACCCAAUGGGUAAUGGGGGUGUGGAAAGAUUUAAUAGGACACUUGGAAACAUGAUUCGAGCACUCCCCCCUGCAGCGAAGCAAAGGUGGCCUCGACUGCUUAAAUCUCUGACAUUUGCAUACAAUUGUACGAUUCAUGAGACCACUGGAUAUGCACCUUUUCAACUGAUGUUUGGCAGGACCCCGAGACUCCCAGUCGAUGUGGUGUUUGGGUCAGUUUUGCGAGAUAAUGAUGUUGUUGACUACAAUGAGUACGUUAGGGAAUUGAUGGAAGAUCUCAAACAAGCAGUGACGAUUGCGAGAAGGACUGCUGGAAAACAACUGAAAAGACAUGCUGCUCUUUAUAACAGAAAGCUCAAGGGUGCUCCAGUAGAUGUUGGGGACAGGGUUUUGUUGGCAAAUAAGGGUGAACGUGGCAAGCGAAAACUGUCCGAUCGCUGGGAGAGCAGUCUGUACAUUGUAGUAGACAAAAAUGUUGAAACAAAUACUUUCAAAAUUGAGAAUUCUUCCUCAGGCCAAGUGAAGAUUGUUCAUCGUAAUUUGAUCAUGCCUGUGAAUUUUUUGCCUUUCCCUGAUGAUGUUGCAGAGAGACCUGUGGGAGGGGAAAGGUGUGUUGGCGGUGACCAAACUCACACGCUAGAGCACUUGGAGAGAACAGUUGAUGAGAGAACAGUUGCAUGGGUUUCGGAGCUUGAAUCUUCAAGAGAUUCCAAAAAGGGGUCAGAGGUUUCGGAAAUUGGCAAUGGUGCACAAGAAUGGCUUGUGUGUCAUAAUGAUUCCGGUGACCCCGUGGUAUUGGCUGAGUUGGAAGACUCUGUUGGAUUUGCAUGUUCAAUUGACAAUGAAUCUGAUCUGGACAUGAAUUCGAAUUUGUCUGCAUUUGAUCUAUCAUCAGAUGUUGACUCUCAAAGCAAUGUAACUACUGUGGUGUCAGCUCAAUUUGACAGCAAAACUGAUGUUGGAGGUUUGAUGACUUCAGUUAGAUCAAGAGCUGGAAGAAUUAUCAGACCGGUGGUGAGGCUUAUAGAAACAAUGCAAGUACAAAAAGUAGACAAUAAGGUUAAUGCCCCUGUUUGGAUCUAAUUUGUUUUAUUACUACUUUUAUUGUUAUGCUUUUGUUUUUAUUUUAUUUUAUUUUUUUCUUAUUUAUUUAUUUAUUUAUUUUUUGAUCCUGUUGUUCUCCCAUUUAGUUUUUUUUUAUAUUGUGAAUGUAUUUGGUCUGUAUAUCAAGAUGUGAUUUUAAGGGACUGUUUCUAUGUUGAUUGAGUGUACUGAACAUGUAACAGGCAUGUUGACCUAUGAGUUUGGAGGGGCGUAGCUAACCCCUUCUCCUCUAAUUCUUUGUAAGAAUAGUCUAUGAACUGGAAUGCUCAUCAACAUUCUUAUCUUGGAUAUAUUCAAAUUGCAUCUUGUUUUGAUGUGUUUUUGUUUUGUCAAGGUGUAAAUUUAUAUAUUUCUGUUUUGUAUUCUGCAGUUAUUUGUACCUGAGUGUCAUUAGUAGUGAGUAUGUUAUGCCAUGGUAGGUUAGAAUUGUUGCAAGUGGAGUUCAGGAGGGGAGAAUGUAACAGAGUUAUAUACAAAGUGUGUCUCCACUUGCAAAUAAUGAUAUAUCAAAUAAUCACAUUUACAAAUGACUAGAUGGAAAAAUGUUUAUCAGAGCUUCCUAUUGGCUGGCUGGUUCUACGUGCUGUGUACGCCCCUGUUGCGUUCGUCAGUUCAUUUGUAAAAAGGCCAGUGCGUGCCAGCACGAGGAGUGUCGAAUAUGCUGGAACUGAUCAACUCACUCUGUGUUAUCCUGUUUUCUCAG